GGAGAUGCGGGCAAGACGGGGUGGCGGGCAAGACGGGGCACCCGUAUUAUAAGGAAUCCUAAUUGGCCUAUCACGAUCGUUCUAGCGCGUGACGAUGCGGCGCCAUGAUGGCUGUCAAUGUGCCCGUUGAGUGAUCGCAGCGACACGUAUUUUUUUGAUUAUUGAGAAAAAAGUAGUUUCUGGCAGUUUGAUUCUUAUUUUUUAAGUUUAUUUGGUACGUGUUUGCUACGUAAAUAAUACUAGAUUGUAUUAGCUUCACAUUUAUUCCUAUGCUUCAACGAUUAAGCUAGCAGAAUGGUGAAAACGUAUAAGAAAAAAACAAAUAGAGGGGAUUGGGCGCAAGAGAGUAUGGCAAAAGCUGUGGAUGCUGUUAUAGAAGGAAAAAUGGGGUAUAUGUUGGCAGCGAAGACAUUUUCAGUCCCUCAGACAACUUUAGAAAGAAAAGUCAAGAUAUCUCGCGAAAAUUUAGCUGCUUCUUCAUCUGCAAGUAUAAAAGUUCCUUUAGGGCCUAAACGACCUGUUUUUACAGAAGACGAAGAGAAAGAGCUUUGUAACUAUAUAUUAGAUAUGGAGAGUCGACUUUACGGUCUUACAACUAAAGACCUCAAGGCAUUAGCGUAUAAUCUAGCAGUAAAAAAUAAUAAACCACAUCCUUUCAAUGUUCAAAAACAAGAAGCUGGCAAGGACUGGAUUCAAGGAUUUUUGAAGAGACAUCCGGAGUUGUCAAUAAGAAAACCCGAAAGCACUUCAGCUGCGCGUGCUGCCGGGUUCAACAAAGAAGUUGUUGAUCAAUUUUUUACUUUUUUGGGUAAUAUCUAUGAUGAACAUCAUCUUACACCAGACCGUAUUUACAAUUGCGACGAAACUGGCAUUUCAGUUGUUCCUAAAACCAAAUCAAAAAUUAUAGCGAGAAGAGGCCGAAAGCAAGUAGGGGCCUUAACUUCUGCGGAACGAGGUGCUACGAUUACAGUCGAAAUAUGUUUCAGUGCCAGUGGGCAAUAUAUGCCACCUAUGAUGGUGUUCCCCAGAAAAAGGAUGGACCCUCAGUUAAUGCUUAACGCUGCUCCUGGAGCAUGGGGAGUUGUAAGUGACUCGGGCUGGAUGACCACUGAAUUAUUUCUCGAGUGGUUUAAACGAUUUGUAAAAUUCAGUGGGGCGACAGCAGCUCGACCUGUAUUACUGUUAUUAGAUGGACAUAGCACCCACACAAAAAACAUAGACUUGAUUAAUGAAGCUCGUUCCCACGGGGUUAUUAUUUUAUGUUUCCCCCACAUACUACUCACCGGCUUCAGGUAGCCGACGUUGCUUAUAUGAGACCAUUAAGCAAUUAUUACGAUCGACAAAUCACGGCGUAGCUUCGCAGCAAUACGGGGAUGGUAGUUACAAUUCGGCAAGUUGCUGAAAUUUUUGGAAAGGCCUUUAUAGAGGCGUCUACCAUGGCAACAGCUGUGAAUGGAUUCAAGAAAUGCGGAAUUUGGCCGUAUGAUCCAUCGGUUUUUUCUGAAAGCGAUUUUGCUCCUUCUUUGGUGACUGACAUUCCGCAGGCUCAAUCAAUAACUACAACCAGUGCACCAAACAAUGAACUUUCAACUGCAACACCACCCUCGGUGGAUCUUGCAAUAUCGACAUCCAUUGAAACAGCACCAAUAAACCAAUCUGUGCCGACCACAUCAGUUAUCAGCAGUGUCGCCAUUGUAACACCUACAACAAUUUCAGCAGCCAUAGCACUUGCUGAGCCAGAAACACAGCCAGUUAAGGUUUUCAAUGUGCCAGGUAUCACUGGAGCUGCUACCACUGCAACAACAUCUCGCGCCUUACCAUCUCCCGAGGUUGAAGCAGCGACUAUUCAUACGAUCGCUAUGAUGUUUUCUGACGCCCCGUCGAGUCCUAAGCCCGGAUGUUCCACUUGGCUUGAUAAUACCAAAACUGAUAGAAGACCAACAACUCCACAACAAUCCAAAUUUCAUGUUGCUAGUCCAUAGCAAAUAUUACCCCUUCCAGCCACUCGCAAAACUUCACGCGUGACUCGGAAACGUGGAAAAACAGCUAUAAUUACUGCGUCACCCUACAAAACAGAACUGGAAGAAACGAUAAAAAAAAAGAAGCUUUUGGAAGAGAGUAAGCAAAAAAGGAAAGAAAUCAGACAAUUAAAGUUAGGAAAGCAGAAGAAGACUGGAGGGAAACGUACAGUUAUAUCAAAGAAGAAAGUAAGGGGCAAUCGCAGAUGGUCCAGUACCAACAGCGAGAGUAACACUGAAAAUACCCCUUGCUUAUACUGUAGUGGACUAUAUUUGGAAUCGAAUGAAGGCUGGGUUGCCUGUUCUAUGUGUGGCAAUUGGGCACAUUGCUCCUGUGCUGGCGUAGAUGAUGAGGACGAUGAAGCAACAUUCACCUGCGAAUUUUGCGAAGAAUAGUUAAAGAAUUUGCUAUACCCCAUCUUGCCCGAUGGGGGUACCCCAUCUUACCCGCCCUAGAGGGCAAGAUGGGGUGGGUGGAGUUUUUUUAUUUUUAUAUUGUUAAAAAAAUAAUUAUAAUUCAAUCGUUCCUAAAUUUAUAGAAAUUUGAAAGACUGAUUACCAAAGAAAAUAAAAAUAAUAAAACAGAGUAUAUAAGUAUAAUAGUGUCAGUUUUAAUGCCCAUCAAACGUUAAGUACCCCGUCUUGCCCGCAUCUCCCCUACUAGUCGAAACUUCUACAUACUAACUACCAAUUAACCUUGACCUCCCAUUUCCAUUAAACCCUAUGUAAUGUAGAGCUCAACUUAUAAUAGACGUUGCAGUUCCCCGGAUUGUAAAACCAGGAACAAAGAGCUCCCGUUUAGAUGAAGUGUAAUAGUACUGGGAGCUCAAGUUAUAUUGGAUGUUUUAUUCUUAUGUAAACCAAUGUAAUUUCAGUUUAGGGCAUUGUAGGAAGUAUAUAAGACUUAGUAUGACGACUUUUAAUACCAAAAGGGGUAGGUAGAAUAGUCCUAUCUGGAGCUGCGGACUACCUAGCGGGUUACCGGGGCUCCGGUUCGAAAAGCAGGAGUAGGAACGGGGUGGUUUUUAGUCAGUAAGAGUCUGACACUCCCUCUCGCCUCGCCCAGGGCGGGAGAAGUCAUUAGAUGAUUUCCCCCUU